AUCAUCCGGUAAUCCGAUUCAUAACUUCUUUUAAUAACUGGUUUUUUUUGUGGUUAUUAACUAUUUAUUUAGUAUCAGAUGGAGUGAUGGACACGACGACGACAACAUCACUGCCAUUGAAGACAUUAUCCAUCAGAUUGACCGAUAUUUUUGACGACUUAAGCAAACAGUUGGCGGACAAGUGUCGGGAAAAUCAUGUGUUAAAGUCGUGUCUGAAUAAAUCAGAUCUGAUCCAGAAAUGGCUGGAAAAAUGCAACGAAACUUUGGUCGAAAUCUUCGAGUUGUGCCAAUUGGAUCAAAAUAUGGACGAAAAGUUUGUCCAAUUGAUCGGAUCAGUCAGACAACUGGAGAAUCGUAUUGAACGAGAAAAACAAAACUUGCGGACAGAUUGUCGGCGCCUAUCGACGACUGUUGCGACCACUUCUGAUAAUGUCAAGUACAAUACCAAAGAGUUGAAGAAAUAUGACACAAAUGGGUUAACUGAUGGCCAAAACAAGUUGUUUAGCAGCGAAGACAUUGACACCGAUGAUGUCGAUGAUAAGGAUAAUAGCAUACAAAACGAUAGUUCCGAUCGUGAUGUCGGUGAUGGCAAAGACAGUCGAAAUGUCAUCGAUAUUAGCGAUGAUGACGACUAUGAUUGCAGCAGUGAUACUGAGUGGUGGACAUCGAAGAAGAAGAAUAGAAAACGACUAAAGAUAGCGUCAAAGCGAAGCACAGAUCACAUCAACUCUACUCCAACUAAGUCGUCGUUGAAAAUCGGCGACAAAUACCGGUCCGAUACUCCAGUUGUGGCCGAAAACAAAACUCCAGACAAAGACUAUUGCAUUAACGAUAAUAAACAAAUCGAUAGUAUUUUGAAGCUAUUUGUUGUCGACGACGACGGCGGCGACAACGACAGCAAAUAUGUUUGCCAUCGCGAGAAUUGUCAGUUUAGUUGUCCGCUCAGCGAUCGGGAAGUCUUCUACGAACACUACAAACAACACGACAACGUAAUCUAUGACCCGAUCCAUACCGACGACCCGAACCGCCCGUUCGGGUGCGACAAAUGCUGUUCGACUUUUAUCUACACGUAUGAUGCCGUUCGCCAUAAACGCAAUGUUCAUCCGCAGACACUGUAUGUCUGCAAUCAGUCCGACUGUGGUAUAAAACUGAAGAGUUUGACAAGUUUUAUCCAACACAAGAAGAAUAAACACAGAAAUUUGAAGAAAAACAAGAAGAAGAUGAAGACAUCAAUGACAACUAGCGUUACAACAACAACAACGGUGGCCAACAAUAAAGUGAUAACCGAUAGUGAAUUAAUCGCUGAUAGACUGAUAUGCGGCUCAAAAACAAUAUCAUCGGCUAAUCAAUUGAUAGCACCACAGGAUAGUGAAGUGAUAGCCAUUGAUGAUAAAGAGUUGAUGACGAGGACGACAGAAGAUAGUAGAAGAAGGAGUCGUCAGGAAAAUCAAUUGCUUAUGUUGUGUCUGAAUAAAUCAGAUGCGAUCAGGAAAUAUCUGGAAGAAUGCAAUGAAACUUUGAUGGAAAUCUUCGAUUUGUGCCAAUUGGAUCAAAAUAGUGACGCCAAGUUUGUCCAGCUGGUCGGAUCAGUCAAAGAACUAGAGGACCGGAUUGAACGAGAAAACCAAAGCUUACGAACACUUCGAGAGGACACAGAUCGGUGUCUAUCGGCUGUUGUACAGACAUUUGAUGAGAAGUCUAUACAAACGGACAAUAAUUUUGGUGAUAAUAAAGAAUUAGCGAUAGAAAAGCCAGUUGUUUUCAAACCAAUAGAUGUCAAGUGCGAUACCAAAGAGUCUAAAUAUGACACUAAUUUAUGGUUAACUAAUGGCCAAAACAGUUGUGACUUAACAUCGAUGAAAAGCAUACAAGAAGUUACUUCCGAUAGUGAUGUCGUCGACGUCAACGACAACAAUGAUUGCAGCGAAACAUCGAAGAAUAGAAAACGUUUAAAGAAGUCAAAGCUAAACACAGAACAGAUCAACUCUACUACUACUGUGAAGUCGUCGUUGAAAACCGGCGACAAAUACCGGUCCGAUACUCCAAUUGUAGCCGAAAACAAAACUCCAGACAAAGACUAUUGCAUUACCGAUAAUAAACUAAUCGAUAGUAUUUUGAAGGUAUUUGUUGAUAACGACAGCAAAUAUGUUUGCCAUCGAGAGAAUUGUCAGUUUAGUUGUCCGAUCGCCGAUAAGAAUGUCUUCUACGAACACUACAAACAACACAACAACAUAACCUUUGAUCCGAUCCCUACCGAUAACCGGAAGCGGCCGUUCGGAUGCGAUGAAUGUCUGGCGAUGUUUAUGAAGUUGCCUGACAUUCAGCGUCACAAGCGUGAAGUCCAUCCGCACUCACUGUAUGUCUGCAAUCAAGCCGAGUGUGGCGUAAAACUGAAGACACUGAGAGGUUUUAUCCAACACAAGAGGAAUGUACACAAAAAUGUGAAGAACAAGAAGAUGAAGACAUCAAUGACAACUAACAUUACGACAACAACAACUGCGUCCAACAAUGUUAUAACUGAUAGUGGAUUAGUCAUCGAUAAGAUAUGCGACAACAAAACAAUAUCRKCGGCKRCGGCACAUCAAKUGAUAGCACCAUUGGAUASUGAAGUAGCCAUUGAUGAUAAAGAGUUGACGACAGUUGCUAGAAGUCGAGAUUAUCUUCUGCUUAAGGCAUCACUKAAUAAAUCGGAUUUGAUCCGAAAAUAUCAGGACGAAUGUAACGAAACAUUGGUAGCGAUCAUCGAGUUGUGCCAAUUGGAUGAAAAUAGUAACACAAAGAUUGUCGAACUGGUCGAAUCAGUCAAACAGCUGGAGAAUCGUAUUGAACAAGAAAAACAAAACUUGCAGACACUUCGCGAGGACGACAACAACAACAAUGUCGAUGACAAUCAAUUGGCGAAAUUGAUCCGCAAUACAACCGACUCUCGUGAUAAAUGUAUUCAAACGGAUGAUAUCAAAGUAGAUGUACUGAUUGGCAAACAUUUGAUUAAAAUAAAAAAUGAAGGCAACUAUUGCUAUGAUAAUAAACCAGACGUGAAGACAGCAUCAUAUCAUCUGAAGGUUGAUCGCACUUAUGAUGAUAAGUGUAUUCAAACUGAUGACUGGUUUGUCGAAGAAUUUAUUCAACCAAUUGAUUACGAUUGCGAUAAUAAUAAUAAUAAUCAAGUGUUUGAAUAUCAAACAAAUUGGUUAAUAGAUCAUCGAUAUAAUGGUGUGAAUCAAUUUCCAUCAAUAAUUGAUAUGAACAACUGUGAUGACGACGACAAUGGCAACUGUAAUAAUAAUGGUAUAGAAAACGUCAGUUCAUAUAGUGAUGGCUAA